AUGGACCGCGAAGCGUUUCGGCAGGCGGGGUACAGGGCGGUGGACGAGGUGUGCGAGUAUUUUGCGACGCUCGAGUCGCUUCCUGUAGCCGCGCAGGUAGAGCAGGGGUACCUUGCCAAGCAGAUUCCAGCGCAGGCGCCCGAGCAUGGCGAGGCGUGGGAUACGAUCCAGCGCGAUUUUCACACACAGAUCAUGCCGGGCAUGACGCACUGGCAGCAUCCCAUGUUCUAUGGCUUCUUUCCGUCGAAUGUGACGUACGAGGGUAUCUUGGCGGAUAUCUACACGGCUGCGACUAACAAUCCCGGUUUCAACUGGACCGCAUCGCCGGCGGUGACGGAGCUCGAAUUUAUUGUGCUCGACUGGCUGGCAGGCAUGGUCGGACUCGGCGCUGCGUUUCACUCGAAUGACAUGUCGCACGAGGGAGGCGGGGUAAUGCUCGGCGGCGCAAGCGAGGCGACAUUUACCAUGGCAAUCGCCGCGCGCGAACGCGCGCUCGAUCGGCUUGCCCACACAGCGCCUGCAUUGCGCGCAUCGUUGCUGCCCACCAUGGUGAUGUACGGCACGUCGCAGACGCACACCGUCGGCGCCAAGGCGGCCAAGAUGCUGGGGCUGCAGUUUCGUGCGCUCGACGUGUGCCGCGCCGAUGACUACGCACUGCGCGGCGCGACGCUGCAGGCGGCACUCGACGAGGACCGCGCCAAGGGACUGCACCCAUUUAUCCUCAUCGCGACAUACGGCACGACCAACUCGUGUGCGAUAGACCGGCUCGACGAGAUUGCACGCGUCGCAGCAUCAGAUCCGACGCUGUGGCUCCACGUAGACGCCGCGUACGGCGGCGUGACGCUGGCGUUGGAAGAGGAGCGUAUGCCCGCACAUCUCGACGCGAUCCGAACGCACUUUGACUCUUUCUCGCUCAACCUGCACAAGUGGGGACUCGUGCACAUGGAGUGUGCGCCGACAUUCCUGCGCAACCGGCGCUACCUCGCGAAUGCACUCUCGCUCACGCCCGAGUACCUGAAAUCCAGAGGCACGGAUGCCGCCGCGCUCAACGAUUUGCGCAACCUGCAAAUCGUCUUGGGACGCAGGUUCCGUGCCUUGAAGGUCUGGUUUGUCCUGCGCAGCUUUGGGCAGGCGGGGUUCAGGACACAUCUGCGCAACGCCAUUGCGCAAGCAGCGCACUUUGCGCAUGCGCUGCAGCGCAUGCCAGCGUUUGAGAUCGUGCAUCCGCCGCGCUGGGGACUCGUCAUGUUCCGCCUUUUGGCUGCAGGCACAGGCACAGAUGUCGAUGCGCUCAAUCGGCGGUUCAACGAUGUGCUGCUCACCCGCCAGGACGCCAUGUUCCUCACGCCUACCGUGCUCCCAGAAGUCGGGUUUUGUCUGCGGAUUGUGUUUGGCGCUCCGGCUACCGAAAUGCGCCACGUAGACAAGGCACUUGAUCUGCUUGCGCAGUGUGCGGCGCAGACGCUGCACCACGCCGACGAGCCUCACGGCGCCGCACCCGCUUCAUAG